AUACCGAAAUAUACUGGUUUUCAAAGUUAACCAACACUGCCCAUACUGCAAAUACACGUGCCGCGUGCGAUUCGUAAACAAAAUGCAGGUCUAUUAAUUUUGCGCAAAAACGAGGAAAAUAGUGGAAAAAUGUCGCGCAUUAUAGUAAAACAGCUGCCCAAGCAUAUCACCGAGGAGAAACUGCGCCAAAUCUUUGGGGCUCAGGGGACAAUCACUGAUCUCCAGCUGAAGUACACACCGGAUGGCAAGUUUCGGCAAUUCUGUUUCGUUGGCUACAGUACCGAGGAUGAGGCACAGGCGGCCAUCAAACACUUCGACAACACCUGCAUCCAAACCAGCCGCGUUCGCGUGGAAUCCUGCGCCGCUUUGGGCAGUGAGGCGAAGCCCCAGUCAUGGAGCAAGUACGCAAAGGACAGCAAGAAGAACCUAGAUAAGCUGAAGGCGGAAGAGGCUGCAGCAGCGGCGGCGGAGAAAGCCAAGGAGAAGCUGAAGAAAAGCAAGGAGAAGAAGACGAACAAGGUGGACGAGAUUCUGGGCAAGCACAAGGAUGAUCCCGAGUUCCAAGAGUUCCUGCAAGCGCACGACAAGACGCGCACCUUGUGGGGCAACGACAUGGCACUGAACGAAGAGGCAGAUGACGACCAGGAUGAUGAUGACGAUCAGGAGGAUGAGGAAUCACCAGCUGGCCGAGAUGACAGUGGCGUGGAUGCCGAUGCAGGCGAUGCGGAGGAGGACGAUGACCACGACGAGGAGGAGGAGGAGGCAGAGAAACUGGCCGUGAAGCCCAUCAGCGAUCUGGAGUACAUGAAGUCGCUGAUGGAGGGAAAAUCCUCUGAAGCGAAAGCCAAAACUCCGGCCGCCAAGAAGACCAAAGCCGACAAAUCCAAUCUGGAACUGUUCACCAUCAAAAUCCACAAUGUGCCGUACAACACGAAGCGCCAGGAUGUGCUCAAAUUCUUCAAGCCACAGAAGCCCUAUUCCGUUCGGUUGCCCGGCAAGGUUCACGGCUUCUGCUACGUGGGAUUCAAGACGGAGAAGGACAUGGCCAAGGCGAUGCUGAAGAACAAGAGCUUCAUCAAGGGGAAGCAGGUGUUCUUCUCCGACUUCACCGAGAAGAACAAGGUGACGAAGGCCAGCAAAGCGGGUCAGCCAGUGCCGGCGGUGGGUCCCGAAUCCUCCGGAAAUGCCAAAUGGAAACAGCAGCAGGAUAACCUCUCCAAAGAGGACGACAUCUCGGAAUCGGGCCGGAUAUUCUUCAGGAACCUGGCGUACACCACCACGGAGGAGGAGCUGCAGAAGCUCUUCGAACAGUUCGGUCCUGUGGUGGAGGUGAGCCUUCCCGUGGACAAGCUGACCCGCAAGAUCAAGGGCUUCGGCACUGUCACCUACAUGAUGCCGGAGCACGCCCUCAAAGCAUUCAACGCCCUGGAUGGCACCGACUUCCAUGGUCGGCUGCUGCACCUGCUGCCCGGAAAGGACAUCGAGAAGAAGGAUCCCCAGGAUGACCUCGACGAGAACGAUGCCAGUCUCUCGUUCAAGGAGAAGAAGGCCCUCAAGCUGAAGAAGAAUGCCCAGAAGCCCAUUGGCUGGAAUACACUCUUCCUGGGAGCCAACGCAGUGGCAGAUCUUCUGGCCAAGCAGUUUAAGACCUCGAAGGAGCAGAUCCUGGACACCAGCGGUGGUGGCAGUGGCGCCGCCGUUCGGUUGGCACUGGGAGAGACCCAGAUCGUGGUCGAGAUGAAGCGGUUCCUGGAGGAGGAGGGCGUGCGGCUGAGUGCCUUCGAUGAGCCAGCCAAGAAGCGCUCCAACACUGUGAUACUGGCCAAGAAUCUUCCGGCGGCCACGGAGGUCGCCGAGCUGACGCCCAUCUUCAGUCGCUUCGGUCCCAUUGGCAGGAUCGUACUCCCUCCCAGCGGCGUUACGGCCCUCAUUGAGUAUUGUGAUCCCUCCGAGGCGAGGCACGCCUUCAAGAAGCUGGCCUACAGCAAGUUCAAGACGGCGCCGCUCUACCUGGAAUGGGCGCCGGAGCACGUCUUCACCAAGACCCUGAGUGGGGAACCGACAAUUCCCAAGAGCGAGCCAAAGGAGGAGGUGUCCAAGUCCAAAGGCAAGUCCAAGAAGGACGCGAAGAAGGAGGAGGAGCAGGAGAAGGAGGAAGAGGAAGAGAAGCCAAAGGAACCCGAACCAGAAGACGCUCACGAUGAACCCGAACCGGACACCACUCUCUUCCUGCGGAAUCUUAACUUCAAGACCACCAAGGAGACCGUUGAGAAGCACUUCCGGCAUCUGGGAACCAUUCACACCCUGGAGAUAGCCGUGCGGAAGGAUGCCCAGAACCCCUCGAAUGUACACUCCCUCGGCUACGGCUUCAUCCAGUUCAAGAAGGCGGCCGUGGCGGAGCAUGCCCUGAAGAACAUGCAGCUUACCCACAUCGACGGCAAUCCUGUGGAGAUCAAGCGCAGUGACAGAGUGCUCAAGAGCCAGGACAACGAGGGAGCCCAACGACGCCUCACUGCCCAGAAGAAGCAAACUGGCACCAAGUUCCUCGUUAGGAACAUACCCUUCCAGGCCACAUACCACGAAGUGCGGGAUAUAUUCAAGGCCUUUGGCGAGCUAAAAUCCCUGCGAAUUCCCAAGAAGGCGACCUCCGGAGCUGGCGGCGAGUCCCACAGAGGCUUCGGCUUCGUGGACUACAUGAACAAGGCGGAGGCGAAGCGAGCCUUCGAGGCCAUUAGUGCCAGUACCCAUUUGUACGGUCGCCGUCUAGUGCUGGAGUGGAGUGCCAACGAUGAUGGACAGGAUGUGGAGGAGCUGCGCAAGCGGACGGCUGCCAAGUUUGGCCAGAGCCAGGCCGCGACGGAUGCCAAGCGGAGCCGAAAGGCCUUCUUCGACGUGGAUGGCAAUAUGCUGCCGGCUCCGGGCGAGGAGGAUGAUGAGGAGGAGGACUAGUAGUAGUCCCUCUCCAGCUUAGUGUCAAGAAUAAAAUGUAUAAAGUAGACGUUAUGUAAUAUAAAUUAUACUUUUUUUAAAUCAAAA